CAUGCAUCCGGGUUUGCUGUUAUUUCCAAAAUGGCACGGAUUGUACUUGCAAUUCAAGGGGCGGCUGUAUCAGUUGAGCGCAUUUUCUCUUAUGCGUGUCAUAUCUGUGUUGAUACUCGCUUGUUGUUGAAGGCAGAGAGUAUCACUGAGCUUAUGUGCUGGAUUUUUGUCUAUUGA